AUGCUACUUACACUUGAAAGACAAACAUCGUCAUCAACAGAAUUUAUUAAUGAAAAAGAAGUAUGUGUUGUUGUUAAACAAUCAAUCUUUACUUUAACAAUAACUUCUCCACAUAGAAUAGAUGGGACUAUUGAUUGUGAAUUAGUUUAUGAUAUGGAUGAUUUAAAACCAGUUGGUUAUGUUUCUCAAAAUCCAUUAUCAUUUAAAGUCCAACAAAUUACUUCAAAUACAGUAAAUGUUGAAUGUAAAUUAGCUGUUUUAUCAUCUCAACAUGAAGAUUUAUUAUUCCGAGUUCAUGUUAAAUUAUUAUUAGGAGAUUCUGUGAUUGGGUCAAUCUACUCACAUCCAAUCAAAUCAACAAGUAAAGCUGAUUCACAUCGUAAAACAAAAUUAAAUAAAAAUUGCUUUGAAACAAAACCUAAAAAAAUAUCAAAAAUUAAAAAAGAUUCAAAAAAAUUAACUUCUGCUUUAAUUUUACCUCAAGAACGUUCUUUAGAAAUUGAAAUUAUUAAAGCAAAUAGAGAUCUUAUUCAAAAAUUAAAUGAUAAUUUAAAUCGUCAAAAUGAAAAAACUAAAACAUUAAAUGGAAGUAUUUCUGAAUUAAUUUGGAAAUUAUCUCAAUAUGACUAUAACCAACAUGUUCAAAUGAUUUGUGAAGUUCUUAAUCUUUUUACUCCAGAACAACUUGAAGUUCUUCAGGAAAUAGCAUCAAUAUUCCAAUCUGCUUGUCCAAUUCAAAACACUCAAGAACAACCUUAUGUUCCUUAUCAAGAAAUGAAUGCUUAUUGGAAUCCUAAUUUUGAAGAAUCAUUCAUGUAA